AUGAUCGACUCAUCGCCUCCGCCGCCAACACGGCACUCAAGUACCGCUCCACGAAAUCCGUCCACCUCACGAGUCCCUGCUGGUCUCGAUGAUAUCGAUGAAUUAGCUGGGGACACUAUUCCCUGCUCACCGUCGGCAUUCUUGCGCAACCCGUCGCGAGAACGGGAGAUUACACAACCGACACAGAUUUUGAGCAAGCCGGGUUUAGCAUUGGCCAUGGACCGCUCCUCUUCGCCCGCUAGCAUCAUCGAAGUUCCUGCUUCUUCGCCAUUCCAGCCAAAGGAGCCCUCGAAACUGGGUUCUCGCCUCGCACCUGCGGGAACCUUCUUUCGGCCACCGCCUCGACCACCACCGUCUCGUUCAAAGGAAUCUAAGCGACCCGCCGCAGAGCCAAUAAGUCUGAUUUCUGACGACGAGGGCGACUCAUCACCACCUAGGGGGGACAUUCGACCAACCACGUUUAAGGCAAAGAUUGCCGAAUUUGUGUAUAACCCGGCUGCUGAGGAGAGAGAAACCAAGAAUAAGCUGCGACAAAUAUAUGAUGUCUUCGGCGACAAGUAUCCUUCAGAGAGAGUCAGAGAAGCGCUUAGAGCGUGUGGGAACGACCUUGACGAUGCAAUCAUCUGGCUGGAAAGUGCGCCGGAGCAGACAGGCAAGAGUAUCUUUCCAGAAUCCAGCAAGCCAAAUAAGAGGCGGUUAGUAUCAAAGGCAACAUUGCAGAAUAACGCAAGGAGACCAAUAUCGCUUGAUCGAAACACGUCGCCUUCCCUCCCUUCAAGUCCGCCCCAGAAGAAAGAAAAGCCACAGAAGCGCCGGCUUGUCCAAGGAUUGAAAAAGCGAAACGAUUCCUCGCCUCAAAAGUCUUUUGACGGGCCAACAUCCUCAAGGAAAAAUUCCGUGGUGAUUGACCUCGUCGACAAUGAUAAAGAAGAUGCGUUUGAGGCCGAGCCGUCCCCCGCCCCAUCAGUAGAGAACGACGAUAGAGUACUCAACUGUCUUAAUACAAGUACUCUCAAGGAACUCGCAGCAAUGACGGGUAUGAAAGAGGAUCUUCUGGAACCCCUCAUGGAGAAGAGGCCGUUUGAUAACCUGUCACAAGCCCGUCGUGUCAGUGCGACGAAGAAAGCUGGUGCUCGAAAGUCGCCGAGAGUCAGCAUAGGAGAGUCCGCUGUUGACGCUGUUGAAGUAUUUCUCAACGCCGUGACAGCUAUUGACGACGUCGUUGCGAAGUGUGAAACGAAGGGGCAAGCAGUCAAGAGUGUAAUGGACAGUUGGGACCUUGACAUGUUUGGUCACAACAAGCGAAGUAGUCGAGCAUCCCCCGAUAACGAUAUGCCCCCUACGCCAAGCAGUAUGACUUCCAAGUACACAUCACCAUUGGUACCUCGGCAGCCCAGGAUGAUGGAUGGACAUUGUCGAAUGAAGCCAUUCCAGCUUUUUGGUUUAAAUUGGAUGUCAUUGUUGUGCAGCUAUGAUAUUGGCUGUAUUCUGGCUGACGAGAUGGGCUUGGGCAAGACUUGUCAGGUCAUCUCGCUCAUGUGUCAUAUGGUUGAGGAAUAUGAAAGGGAGCCCAAGGCGAACCGACCGUGGCCAAAUUUGAUUGUGGUGCCGCCGAGCACUUACAAUAAUUGGCUUCAUGAGUUUGAGAGAUUUGCUCCAGAUCUGUCCGUUGUGGGCUACCGAGGCUCUAAGUCGGAACGAGCUGAAAUCGCUUAUGAAGUCGAGCGAGAUCCAGAGUCGUAUCAUGUCGUUUUGGCCACUUAUUCACAGAUCAACUCGGAUGAAGAUAUCGAGGCCAUGCAGUCGUUUGAUCUGAAUGCAGCAGUUUUUGACGAGGGUCACAAAAUGAAGAACCCAGAAACAAAGAUUUAUCGAGAUUUGCGCCGCAUCAAUGCAACAUGGAAGAUGCUCCUGACUGGAACACCGGUGCAAAAUAAUCUGCUCGAAAUGACUGCUUUGCUAAAUUUUAUUAACCCACAGAUGUUUGACGGCUACAUGGAUGACAUUCGAUAUAUUUUCAGCCAAAAGGUUACGAUUAAAGACGUGUCGAACGGAGCUUUCUUGUAUGCCGAACGUGUUAGACGUGCGCGAACUAUUCUGGAACCAUUCAUCCUGCAGCGACGAAAGGACCAGGUUUUGUCAGAUAUGCCGCCAAAGAUUUGCACCGUUGUGCACUGCGACAUGACUGAUUCACAAAAGAAGACAUAUGCCGAGUAUGAAGAGCUCUUCAAGCUGGAGCCAUCUUUACGUGCAUCCAAGGCCAAGGGGCGACAGAAUGAUCAAAACAAUGCGUGGAUACAGCUCCGCAAAGCAGCAUUGCAUCCCUUGUUGUUCCGACGGCACUUUACAGAUGAAAUGGUCACAGAGAUGGGCAAGAUAUUAAUGGAUAGAAUCCCACAAUCUGAGCUCCAUCAGCCGGAUAUCAAGCAUCUGGUGCAAGAACUCAAGAAUUCGUCUGAUUUUGAGCUUCACCUGUGGUGUCGAGACUACCCCAGGUUGCUUAAGCAAUUCGACAUAUCUUCUGCUGCGGAAUUGGACAGCGGCAAGGUCACGAAGCUACUAGAGCUUAUCAGGCAGUAUCAGGAGAACGGGGAUCGAGUGCUCGUGUUCAGCAAGUUCUCUCGGCUGAUUGACCUUUUACAGGAGGUUCUUGCUCUGCAGGGCAUUGAUCAUCGUGUUCUGAUGGGAAGUACGGAUGUUUCAGAGCGACAGGUGCUCAUCGACGAGUUUAACGGGAAUGCAAACAUCCCAGUGUUUUUGUUGACGACUGGCGCGGGCGGUACAGGCAUCAACCUCACUGCCGCAAACAAAGUCAUCAUCUUUGACCAGUCGGACAACCCGCAAGACGACAUCCAAGCGGAGAACCGGGCCCAUCGUCUUGGGCAGAAACGAGACGUCGAGGUGAUCCGACUGAUUGCUUCUCAAACAAUCGAAGAGCUCGUCUACAAGGCGUGCCAGAAGAAGAUUGAGCUCGCCAACAAGGUUACCGGGGCGCUGGAAGACACGCACGGCGCAGAACAGAACAUGGAACAAGAAGUUCGCAAGAUGAUGCUGGAAGGGAAGAUGACGCCCCCGUAG